AUGGCAGAGUCUGGCCAGACAGGACCCCUGAGCAGCGAUAUCUUGGCGGUGGAGUCCCUUAUCGAUAAGCUCGGGGCUCACCUGGGAGAGGCUUCUGCCCCAGUGACCAAGAAGAAAGGAGAGGGGAAGAAGAAGGGCGCAGCCCCGUCUGAGCCACCUGCAGCAGAGCUGCCACCGUCUGUUGCGGCCUUUGAAAAGUGUGACAUUCGUGUGUCUCAAAUCCUCACGUGUGCAAUUCCAGACUACUCUGAGAAGCUUCUAGUCCUGACCAUUGAUAUCGGGGGUGGUGAAACGCGUGAGUUUGCUGCAGGAAUCGCCAAAUACUACACUCCAGAGGAGCUCGUCGGCAAGCGAAUCAUGACAAUCUUGAACUUGAAGCCCCGGCCUAUGGCAGGAGGUGCCAUCGUCUCGAACGCCAUGCUCUUUUGCGGAUCAUGCGGCACGGAAGACGAGAAGGAACUUGUCAAGCUAUGCCUUCCGCCUCAGACAGCGCCGCCAGGGACUCGAAUAGUGCCUUCAGGCUACACAGAUAAGGACCCAAGGCCUCUCGCACCAGCCCCUGCUACAGACCCCAAGAAGAACUUCAGCCGUAUGGCCGAGCACCUUACCUCUAAGGAUAAUAUUGUCAUGCUAGGUGACUUAACACUUGUGGCUGACGAGUACGGCCCUGUUUUCGUCGAGGUUCCUGACGGGUCUCACAUUGGAUGA